AUGAAUUGGAAAAUAGAAAAGAGUGACAGACGGUUUAAAAUAUCCAUGUCGUCAUCAUCUCAAUCGAUCCUCUCCACUAUCAUCCACCACCCUACGUCUCACCUAACCGUCACAGCUCUUGCGGCCUCUCUGCUGACUGCUGUAUCAAUUUAUGCUUACCAAUCGUCACAACGGAAUUCUCGCACACGCGCUUUAAAGGAAGAACUUUCGUCUCUUCCACCGCCUGCCGUCGCAUCCACACAUUCAAUUACCGGACAUCCCAUCCUCCCUACAAAAUAUGACGAAUCUCUAAUCAAAGAACAACUCGCACGCAACAUUGCCUUUAUAGGGGAGGAAGGUAUCGAUAAGCUACGUAAAUCAUUCGUAAUCAUAGUUGGCGCCGGAGGUGUUGGAUCAUGGGCAGCGAUAAUGUUGUUGAGGUCGGGCUUGGAGAAGAUCAGGCUGAUUGAUUUUGAUCAAGUGACUUUGAGCAGUUUAAACAGACAUUCGGUUGCUACGCAUGCUGAUGUUGGGACUCCAAAGGUUGUCUGUCUGCAAAAGCAUGCGAAAAACAUUGUGCCUUGGGCUAAGGUUGAGGCUGUUGUUGAUUUGUUCGAAGAAGAAAAUGCUGAACGGCUGUUAAGCGGAAACCCGGAUUUUAUCAUCGAUGCCAUUGACAACAUUGACACUAAGCUGCAUUUGUUAAAAUAUUGCUACGAUAAAAAGCUUCCGAUCGUGAGUUCUAUGGGUGCAGGAGCAAAAGCAGAUCCGUCACGCAUUCAAAUAAGUGAUAUUAGUGAGACUAAAGAGGACCCUCUUGCAAGGGCUGUUCGCCGAAGACUUCACAAACUUGGCAUAGGAUCGGGGAUCACUGUCGUUUACUCCACCGAGAAACCAAACAUCAAGCUGCUCCCACUCGAUGAAACACGCGUUGAGACAGCAGAUGAAUAUGCGACGUUACCUGAUUUCAGAUCAAGAAUACUUCCUGUAUUAGGAACAAUUCCUGCAAUGUUCGGCAUGACUAUUGCAACACAUACUAUAACAAGCAUUACAGGAUAUGAAAUUGAACCGUUGCCCAAUAAACAUCGUGACGCACUUUACGCACGAUUACACCGUGAGUUAAUAGUGAGGGAAAAGAAGUUGUUCGGGAACGAUGCCGUUUCUUCCGCUAUAGACAAACUAACUCUCAUAAGAUGGGAUCGGAAUCAACCGCUGUCUCCUCAAAAUUGCGUCGUGAUGACGAAAAAGGAAGCAGCCGCACAUGAAAAGAUUAGUGCGUCGCCUGAGGAGGUAUAUGAUAAACGCGUUGUCGAUUUGGUCAAGAAGAGAUUCCGAGAGGAAGAGAGGAUUUCUGCUUUUCGGUAG